AUGAAUCCUCCGGAGAUGUGGAAGAGUUCAAGGAAUAGGGGAACAGGAGGGAAUGCAGUAGCUGUGGGGGAGUCGAGGCAAAUGAAUGCGGUAGCAGGGGAGGAUGUGGAUGAGGGAAAAGGCCUGGACCCGAAAGAGCUGACAGUAGCAGAACCAUGUGUAUACGAAGAUGGACAUUUCCUCACGAUACCCAUCACUAAUGUGAGACAACCAAAAACAAAAAUCAACGUAAAAGGGGCCCAGGUGGUCGCCUUAUGGGAUUCAGGAGCGACCAGUUCAUAUAUAAACCCAAAAACAGUGGAGGAGUUAGGAUUGGAAGUUAUAAGAUACCCAGAGGAAGUACCUGUACGUAUGUUCGAUGGUUCAGAAAGUAUUGGUGGCCCCAUCACGAAGUUCGUUGAAACGGGGAUUCGUGUGAUGGGAAUGGAUGAAGAAGGAAGGAGUGGUCCUGGAUGUUAG